GCCGCUCAAAGCUAGCAGCAAUUUUCCGCGUUUUUCGCGUCUGCUGUUUGCUGUUCAUAAAAUUAGUUUUAAACGCCUUUUUCAUGGAAAAUAUCUAGUGUUAUUCAAUUGACUGUGCGUGCUGUGAUUGAGGAAAACUAUGAUGGCCAAGGCCAAGCUAACACUCGACUGGAAGAAGCGGGUCAAGUCGGAGUAUAUGAAAAUCCGUGCCAGCAAGAGGCACAAAAGAGCGGACGAGGUCAAGACGGCUUGGAACCGUAAUCGUCAGAAGCUUCUGGAUCUGCUGGUGAAGGAAAAUGAUACGUGGCUGUCGACCAAUGCAACUUGGGUGCAGAAUGAGACUGAACUUCCCCAUGUGGAGUGCAUGAAGAAGGCUGAAAUUGUAAACCAUGAAGGAGUCCAUCAAACGAUUCCGAUUCGGGUGAUCACUGCCGUGACCCCUAUACCGACCAUGUACACAUGGGCUCCGACUCAGCAAAAUUUCAUGGUUGAAGAUGAAACCGUUUUGCACAAUAUCCCGUACAUGGGCGACGAAGUGCUGGACCAGGAUGGUUCGUUUAUUGAAGAACUGAUUAAAAAUUACGACGGAAAAGUACAUGGAGACAAGGAGGGUGGCUUUAUAGAUGAUUCGAUUUUCGUUGAAUUGGUUCAUGCGUUGAUGCAGUACACGGGAAGGGACGUGGACUCCAGCAGCAACGAUAGUACCAAGGUUACCAGAAAGACUGCCAUGGAUGAGACUGCCAAAGAUUCCCAGCCUUCCACCUCCAAGGCUACUAAAGGGAAAGGUGAUAAAGAUGAUAGUAAUACUGCUGCGGAUACUGCGAAAGAUGAAACACUGCCCAAACUCAAGCUGGAACCGUUUGUAGUUGUUAAGAAGGAAGUUAUCGAUGAGAAGCCCUUCCCUCCACCGAUAAUCUUCCAAGCUGUUAGCUCUCAGUUUCCCGACCACGGUACGCCGGAGGAAUUGCGUGAGAAAUACAUUGAGCUUACUGAGCGCGUUGAUCCGGAACGUCCACCGGAGUGUACUCCCAACAUCGACGGGAAGCGUGCUGAAUCCGUAUCGAGGGAGCAAACGCUCCAUUCCUAUCACACGCUGUUCUGUCGACGUUGUUUCAAAUAUGACUGUUUCUUGCACCGUCUCCAAGCUUGUCAUCCGGGACCAAAUCUGCAAAAGCGACGCUGGCCGGAGUUGAAGCAGCACACGAAGCCAUGCAGUACGGCUUGUUAUAUGUUGCUGGACGGCAUGAAGGAACGCCUGGCCGUGGACAACAAGAACAAAACCCCGAUGGACUCGGGCAACGAAGCCAGUUCUGAGGACAGCAACGACAGUAGCCGGUACAGCAAGGAAGCUCCCUUUGGGUCCACCAAGGACUCGUCCUGCAAUGGCCAACGGGGCAACGGUAGUGGGUCCGUCAACAAUUCGGCAACCCUGCUCAAUCUGCUCGAAGCUGCCGACGAAGAAUGGAACGGCUCGGACAAGUCGUUCUUCCGGACGCUGCACAAGGUUUACCUGAACAACUACUGUGCCAUUGCGGAGGCAAUGCUGAUGAAAACCUGCCAACAGGUGUACAUGUUCGCCCAGAAGGAGGCGGCCGAUAUUCCGUUGAUCGAAGCCAACAAGGACAACACACCUCCGCGAAAGAAGAAAAAGAAGCACCGGCUGUGGUCGAUGCAUUGCCGCAAGAUUCAACUGAAGAAGGAUUCCAGCUCGAAUCACGUGUUCAACUUCACCCCGUGCGAUCAUCCGGGACAGUGCGACGCCAACUGCCCAUGCAUUGGAGCGCAAAACUUUUGCGAAAAGUUCUGCAACUGUAGCAGCGAUUGCCAGAAUCGCUUCCCGGGAUGUCGCUGCAAGGCCCAGUGCAACACGAAACAAUGCCCAUGCUAUUUGGCCGUUCGCGAAUGCGAUCCGGAUCUGUGCCAGACAUGCGGUGCAGAACACUAUGAGAUCUCGAAGAUUACUUGCAAGAAUGUUAGCGUUCAGCGGGCGUUGCACAAACAUCUUCUCAUGGCCCCGUCGGACGUUGCCGGUUGGGGAAUAUUCCUGAAGGAAAGCGCCCAGAAGAACGAAUUCAUAUCGGAGUACUGCGGUGAAAUUAUCUCGCAGGACGAGGCGGAUCGCCGGGGCAAGGUUUACGACAAGUACAUGUGCAGUUUCCUGUUCAACUUAAACAAUGAUUUCGUGGUAGACGCCACUCGCAAGGGCAACAAGAUUCGCUUCGCCAACCAUUCGAUCAACCCCAACUGCUACGCCAAGGUGAUGAUGGUGAACGGAGACCACCGGAUCGGAAUCUUCGCCAAGCGAGCCAUUCAACCGGGCGAGGAACUGUUCUUCGACUAUAGAUAUGGGCCAACGGAGCAGCUCAAGUUCGUCGGCAUCGAGCGGGAAAUGGAAUUUCUCUAAAUAAACGCCUGGAACACAUAGGGAUACAUUUUAUGACCGAAAGAUGUAAUAUUAGAACUCGAUGGCAGAUUG